CCACACAAAUUUAUUUUUAAGUCCGAUCACUGAAUAACAGAUGUUUGGGGCAAUCCAAUGACUAUACUAAGCAAACAAAUUGGAAUGGAGAUAGUGCAGGUUAGGCUAGCAUGUCCGCUAUAUGGAGCUUGUGGAAAACCUGUGCCCAAGCAUAAGGACGAUAUGGUAGAACGUGAAUUCAAUCGACUUCUUGAGUCCGCCAGAUAUCUGUCUCAUCAGCUAGACUUUAUCUACGCCUACGAUGACCUAUACAUACAGCUAUACAGCGAUUAGGAUAUCAAGGUUAAUUAACUAGUUUUAAAUAUUCUAGUUUAGUAGUCAAUAGUAGUGUAUGGAUGUAUGUUUAUGUAUUUACCUAUACAUAUACAUAAAAGCAGAAAAAGUUUAUCAUAUUUGGCAAGGUUGAAAGAAACCUAAAUUUUUGUAAACCUUAAUAAUUAAUUUUUAACU